UCUGUGAGAAACCCCGGCGCUGAGAGCAGGCGGAUCCCGCCUCCGGGCGCCGCCUCCGCCAGCAUGGGAAUCAAAUUUCUAGAAGUUAUUAAGCCCUUCUGUGCUGUUUUACCGGAAAUCCAGAAGCCUGAAAGAAAAAUUCAGUUUAGAGAAAAGGUUUUAUGGACAGCUAUUACCCUCUUCAUUUUUUUAGUAUGCUGCCAGAUACCAUUGUUUGGAAUAAUGUCCUCAGACUCUGCAGAUCCUUUCUACUGGAUGAGAGUUAUCCUCGCAUCAAACAGAGGCACAUUAAUGGAGUUGGGCAUUUCUCCCAUUGUGACAUCUGGCUUAAUUAUGCAGCUGUUGGCAGGAGCCAAGAUCAUUGAAGUUGGUGAUACACCCAAAGACAGAGCCCUGUUCAAUGGCGCUCAGAAGUUGUUUGGAAUGAUUAUUACUAUUGGGCAAGCAAUUGUGUAUGUCAUGACGGGAAUGUACGGUGAUCCUGCAGAAAUGGGAGCUGGAAUCUGCCUCCUGAUCAUAAUCCAGUUAUUUGUUGCUGGCUUGAUAGUGUUGCUGCUAGAUGAGCUGCUGCAGAAAGGUUAUGGCUUGGGUUCCGGGAUUUCUCUCUUUAUUGCUACCAACAUCUGUGAAACCAUUGUCUGGAAAGCCUUUAGUCCUACUACUAUUAAUACGGGCAGAGGAACUGAGUUUGAGGGUGCCGUCAUUGCAUUGUUCCACCUUUUGGCUACACGAACGGACAAAGUCCGUGCAUUGCGGGAGGCUUUCUAUCGCCAAAACUUGCCUAACCUUAUGAAUCUGAUUGCUACCGUCUUUGUGUUUGCUGUAGUCAUAUACUUUCAGGGAUUUCGUGUUGACCUCCCAAUCAAGUCUGCUCGGUACCGUGGACAAUACAGUAGCUAUCCUAUCAAACUCUUCUAUACCUCCAACAUUCCCAUCAUUCUUCAGUCUGCCUUAGUGUCCAACCUUUAUGUUAUUUCCCAGAUGUUGUCUGUGCGGUUUAGUGGCAACUUCUUGGUAAACUUACUUGGGCAGUGGGCGGACGUUAGUGGUGGAGGUCCAGCACGCUCGUACCCUGUUGGAGGCCUCUGUUAUUAUCUCUCCCCACCAGAAUCCAUGGGUGCUAUUUUUGAGGAUCCUGUCCAUGUGAUUGUUUAUAUUAUAUUUAUGUUGGGAUCCUGUGCAUUUUUCUCCAAGACAUGGAUUGAAGUGUCUGGAUCCUCAGCGAAAGAUGUUGCCAAGCAACUGAAAGAACAGCAAAUGGUGAUGAGAGGCCACAGAGAUACAUCCAUGGUACAUGAGUUAAACAGGUAUAUCCCUACUGCUGCUGCAUUUGGAGGCUUGUGCAUCGGGGCCCUCUCCGUCUUGGCCGACUUCCUCGGAGCCAUCGGCUCAGGCACAGGCAUUCUGCUUGCCGUCACCAUUAUUUAUCAAUAUUUCGAGAUCUUUGUUAAAGAACAGGCAGAGGUUGGAGGAGUGGGUGCUUUAUUUUUCUAAAUGUUCAGAUAUUAUGUAGCUUGUGAGAAAGGGAACUUUAUUUUGACGCCAUGCAACCUUUUAGUCCAAUGACGCCGUUUCUUUUCUUCUUAGAAGUGCUGUCUGCCCCAUUUAUUUAUUUAUUUUCACAAUGCCGGUGUGCAGCUUCAAUACCAGCUGCCUUAAGAAUCAAAGUUUACAUUGCCUUCGUUUAAAAAUAUAAAAAUGUAUCUAGUCUUGCCUGUAAUGCUGGAAACCAAUGCAUCUACCUUCCUCUUCAGACACUACAGUGGAGACAGUCAAAUGGUGCCCAUUUUGCUACUAGUGAACACUUUUGCACACAACGAUAUGGGAGUCAAAUGCACCUGCGUACAGUGGCAAAAGACAGCCACUGCAAAGAGUUCUACGUUUCCCAUCUCCCAAAAUCUAUAUUUUACAUGAAUUACUUUUAUAUGCUCGAAAAACAAAAAGGAAAAAAAAAAGAUGAGAAUUGUGGUGUUUCCUGCACCCUAGCCCCUUGAGAAGUGCUAGGUAUCCUAUGUCUUCAUAGCAGUUCUCCUCAAUCUGGCACCCGGCAGAUGUGUGGGAUUGCAGUCCCCAUUAUCCCGAGUUGCCAUUCUGGUUGGGGAUGAUGGAAGUUGGAGCCUUAACACAUCUACAGGGUGCCAGGUUGGGGAAGUCUGCGUUAUGGUGUUAACCCUGUUUGAAGCCAGGAGGGUGGAUGAACAUUUGAAUCAUGUAGCUUGUGAAAUUGGGUCUACCGAGGCAAGUAGGGAAGAGUAGGGCUUGGACGUCCCUAUUCAAGUUUUCCGCCGCCGUGUAGCGGCCUGCUAAGUACUAUCUUGCCUCCAUUGUAGACCUAUUGUUUCUUUUGACCCACAUGUCCUUUUGAGGGUGGAGGGAAACAAUCUAUGCUGCUGAAAUGUCUCCUCCAGUUUCUUCCUCUGAAUUAGAAAAAGCAAAGACAUAGGUCUUAAAGUAGCAUCGUUGGCAGAAGGAGGGGAGAAUCAAACAAGUCAUGGUGGUGGUAACCCAACCCCUACCUUGUCGUGCUUCUUGGCGGCAAUGUAACCAGUGUAAACGUUAGACAAUAAACUUAUUUAAUUAAAAUGGU